GGCGCGCGGGGGAGCGUGCGAGCUGUCUGUUGCAGCUGCUGCUGCGCAAUUUCGAAUGCACCCUCACGGCCCCGUUCGCUCGUUAGCGUAACACAACGACGUUCAAACCUUUCCCUGCUGUCUCCCUGCCGUUCGCGUUUCUUCGAUCACACAACACUUGGACGACUCGUUCGUCGCCAGCAACUCCCGUCCCAUCCCCUCCCCUCGCUUUGUCGCCAUGCCAAAGGGAGGGGGGCCCCUCGUCCGUUUAGCAUUUAUCUUCCGAAUUGACACCAGAUUGGUCGUCGAGGCCGAGGCGGAGACGACGAUCCGGAGGCACGCACGAUCCGGACGGAGGACGGCGAUGAUGAUGAGGAGGAAGUGAUAUCCCCCUCCUGCAAGAUUCCGUGCUGCUGUAGGCCACCGGGGCCCUCGGAGCCCAAUUGUGCGCCGAUGCAAUUGCGGCCGAUGUGCACCGCAGGUCCCGCUGGAGGUCGCUUCCGUGAAACCGUGUGGGUCAGUGUGUGAUCCGCGAUCCCCUUUUUCUUGGCCUGUCUUCCCUCGCGCCAUCCCUGCUCUCCUCCUCCUCCUCCUCCUCGCUGUAUUCCCAUAUCAUACCCAGGGCAGGCACCUCGAAUCUGACCAUUUCAUCCUUCCCCAUUUCAUCCUUCAGAGCCUGCGGAUUCUGAAGCAUUUCGCGUCCGUCGUCUUCUUGCGGGCGAUUCUUUAUCCCAUUUUUCUUUUCUCGAGUUGCUCCCAGCUGAGCAGUGACUCCAGUUGUGCGUGUGUGUGCGUGUUGGUGUGCGGUACGAUGCGAACUAGGUCGUAGGUUGAAGCGAGCUGUAAAGGGAGUGUGUUUAAUCGAUUCUCCACAGGCAGGCAGGCAGAGCGGCGAGCAGAGGACUUUGGGGACACAUAGAUAGCCUGCGUCAAGAUUCAAGCGGACGAGCGAGAAAGAGAAAGAGAAAGAGAGAGAGAGAGAGGUUGACAGACUCGGACGAUAUAUAAGGGCCUGCUUGAGACGUGGGCCGGAUCUUGCCUGCCUCGUGUAGCCCGGCUUGAACAUAUUCUGUGCAGAGUGCAGCUUUUUAGUGUGCGACGAGGUGUUUGAUAGAAAGUGUGAUCGAUCGAUUGAUACGGACAUCAGCCGCUAUUGUGUGUGUGUUAGGAAGUGUGUGAUCAGUUUCUAGAGGUUGUUUUGAUUUACUUGCGCUUCGAGGCGGAGGAGCAAUGGGGGCUUCAGGGAGGCAUGAAAUAGAUGUGGAACAAGAUGGAUCUCUGAGGAAGAGAUCCAAUAGCAGCAAGAACUAUGUGUACCCCACUUCGUCGAAUCAUCCGGGCAUGAUUGCCAUGCCCAUGGAGGAACGCAGGCACUUCGCUUUUCUCAUACCACUCUUCGUCGUGGCCAACAUCGUCGUGUUCAUUCUCACCAUGUACUACAACGACUGCCCGAAGAAAACCGACACGACAUGUAUUGCGCGCUGGCUGGGCAGAUUUUCCUUCCAGCCGUGGAGCGAGAACCCACUGCUCGGGCCCUCUGCCCUGACCUUGCGCAGAAUGGGAGGGCUGGAUAGGGAUCUGGUCAUCAACAAGGACGAGGGAUGGCGCUUGGUCUCGUGCAUGUGGCUUCACGCAGGAGUGUUCCACCUUCUUGCCAACAUGAUUGGCCUUCUUCUCAUAGGACUUAGAUUGGAACGAGAGUUUGGAUCCAUCAGAAUCGGCAUUGUGUACGUGGUGUCGGGCUUCGGAGGCAGCUUAUUGUCCGCUCUAUUCAUCGAAAAUCAGAUCUCCGUGGGUGCAUCAGGAGCAUUGUUUGGUCUUCUUGGAGCUUCGAUAUCGGAUCUCAUCACAAACUGGACUAUCUAUGCCCACAAGUGCAUGGCUCUAUGGUCCCUAAUUAUCAUCGUCGCAGUGAAUUUGGCAUUCGGAUUGAUGCCUCAUGUGGACAACUUCGCUCAUAUCGGAGGAUUUCUGGGUGGUCUUCUCUUGGGAUUCGUGUUUCUGGUCAAACCACAAUACGGAUGGGUGAAUCUGCGCGACGUCAGAGCAGCAGACUUGCCCGUGUCGAAGCACAGCCCAAUUCAGUACAUCUUGUGGGUGGUGUCAUUGGUCCUGCUCCUGGCCGGCUACACCGCUGCCGUGGUUGCCCUCUUCAAGGAUGUGAAUGCGAACAAGGAAUGCAGCUGGUGCCAUUAUUUGAGCUGUGUUCCUACCUCCCGGUGGAAGUGCGAUUGAUUCUAGGGACUAAUUGAAUCGUCAUCUCAAAUUACGACGCCACUCCACCUGACGGCAAGGUUGGUGCUCACGCAUUGAGCUCCUGUAAGCAGCAGCUGUUGUCGGAUUUCUUCUGUGGAGUAGCCCAUUCGUUGUAAAUAUCUCGAGGACUUGUGCACCAAUGGGGACCGGCCUGUUUGGCCGACACUGUAAAUCUAGCUUCUUUAAACAUAUACAUUCAUUCCCUUCGUGAUUUCGUCUAGGGGCCCCUAUGGAGACGCUCUGUCCAGGAAAGUUCUCAUUUCCGUUCUGGCUGGUGUUCUUCAAAGUUACUCAAUUUAAUUCUGUUGUAAGUCUAGCAUUUGAUUAGACCAGUAGCAGGGCUGGCUACAUAACAACUACAUUGAUUCUUGUGGACGACAACGUCCAGCUUCUGUAAGACAUAGAGCUUAGGAUGUAGAAUAGAUUGAUAGGUUGGCUCGUCAGCCGGAGACAGUUCUUUGAAAUCUUCGGUUUGAUUUACAUCACUCUUUCAACUGAGGCCCAGUCUUCCUUCUCGAAGCCAUUAUUCCUUCUGUCUCGAGAAGCUUAUGUUUUAGGAUGUUCAGUACUUUAUCCUUCUGAACAGAAAGUCGAGAAAAUAAAGGUGUUGUGCUCCACGCGGAGCGGCUUCUACAAUCUGAAGGUGUAAUUGCUCGCUGGCAUUUCUAACAUGUGGAACACCUCUCACGUUUCUGUUUGGAGCGGAG